ACAGACGUGACAACAGCCAUCUCGGGAACAAAGUUCUUUACAUUAUAAUAAGAAUGGUGAGACAAAAUGGCGAACACAAGGCGACGUCGACAGCUGGCAGUCGCUGGGCCUCCAUUAGACAGAGCAAACUGUUUCCCGGAGCUAUUGGCAUUUUGGGUGGAAUUUUGGGAGGAGGUUUUCUCUUUAUGCUCCUCGUGCUUAGUUACGACUACUCCCCGUUUGUAGCAGGAAUCAUCUCUGCUGUGGUCACCUUGGCGAUGUGUGUGGCGAUGGCCUUUUCUCACCGCGCCCGCUGUACGUGCCUCCUGGUCCUCCCAAGUCUGGCCACAGGCAGGGGUAGGGCGGCAAUCUUCUCACUCAUCACAGCCCUACUCCUCCAGGGACCCGUCCUGAACUUAAACUUCAACGUGAACGAGAUGGCGGCCAGCUUGUCCUGUGGUACGGAACUAGCCUACAACCAGAGUCGAGAGCUACAGGAGCUGUUGAGGAAACCGAUAGAAGCCCUGAAUAAUCAAAUCAUGGAGAAUGUGGAGGAGUUCCGUGCAGUUGGAUCUGGGAUUCGAGGCGUUGUUAACGCCGUGGAAUCAGCCACUCAAAGAGCGCAGAAUUCGAUAAGAGACGCCGUGAGCGCGGCGACAUCAUCAUGUCGAAAGGCAAUGAACAAUGCCGCGAACAAGUGCUCUGGAAAUGUGGACAAGGUCAUUCGAGACUGUGAAGGAAAACUCAGAGUACCAGUCUUUGGGUCAGUAACCACCGCACCUUGCAAACCACUAAACGCUGUCAGAAAAUCGUGCUCCGCAGUAGGGGUUGUAGAUGGAGUGUGCAACAUUGUCUCAGGUGCCGACGUUGCUAUUAAUCGGGCAUUGCAAACCUUCACCAGCGGAUUCUCCGCGGUCAGGAAUCAGCUUGACUUCGGCAUUCAGCAAGACGCUCCGAUUAACAACAACGCAAACAUUUCGCGAACAGCCCAAGAAAUCACGGCAGCCAUCAAGGCGGAAUUCGCUCAGAAGACGGAUAGCGUACGCCUUGUUGUUAGUAUCGCCAGUCGAGUAAUGGCCGCCUUUCUCUUGGUUUUAUUUCUAAACGCUGCCCUCUACUUACGAUCAUAUCUCUUCAAAGACAAACACGAUAAUAUUUACAUUACCAGAGCUUUUAUUGACCUUGAUGAACGAAAAACCACUGAAGGUCAAUCAGAGACCGUCUUACCACUGACCUCAAACGAACGUAACAAGUACAUAACGGUCCGUUCCUGGCGACUUUCACCUUUCGAAAAGCGGACUUUGCUCAAGGGACUGGGAAUGUUUUUCCUUCACCUUUUGAUAUCGUUGACUGUUUGCAGUUUGGAUUACGUCUUGUACUGGGCGAUGGAGAUAAUCCGGGAUCAAGGACAGGUUGUCUUCUCUCUUACUGGAGAUUCCAGUGUGCUGCUGAAAGUUACCGGUAAUGGCAUUAUCGCACAGUUUAUACGAACAUUUGUUCAGGGUUUCUCCGAAGAGUUUCAGUAUAACAGUACAAUCAGUACGGCAGCGUGUUUGCCCGCGCCUCGACCAACCCCUAACUCCCAGCUAUACACUCUGGCGUCCCUCUACCUGCUUACUCUACUGCUAGUUAUCCUACAGAGCUACGGUCUGCGUAUCAGGCACUGCAUUGCCAGCCUGUUCUAUCCAGAGAGAGAAAAGGAAAGGGUUUUAUAUCUGCGCGAUGCCAUCUUUCGCAAACGCAGCUACCGAAAGUCGCAAGCGGAUCGCAUCAACAAGGAAGCCCAUAGUGCGAAAAUGAGGGCAGAGAAAUUCCGUCUACCACCAAGAGGAUUCCCUUGGAAACGUGAUGUGUGAGUUACAUGGCUACCGGACAAUUUCUUAUCCCAGUGAAUCUCCAAUUACAUUAAACAGUUUGUUUAUAAUACAUCUGUACUCUAUAAGUCAACUUAAUUUACAAAAUAAAAUGCAUUCAUUUA